GGUCGUGGUAUCCAAAGUGCCAACGGAGAUCUUGUGUGGGGGCUUCGACGUCGGCGAAAACGACGGUGGAUGGAGACUGCAUGGUCCGGUCCUCGGCGGAACCGGAACCCUAACCCUACGACGAAGUGGGAGAACAGUGAUUGGCCUUCAAAAAUAAAUGGAGAAAUGGUGGUGCCAUAAGUAAUAACUGUGCGAUUCUCCAGAGAAUCUUUGCGAGCUACCACAUUCUCCAUAUCGGCCAUGGUCCUCAACUUCACGUCGCUGGCCUCCAUACCGACCUCCACGUCUUUCCCGACGCCGUCUUCCUUCCUCUCCCUGAAUCCCGGCAAAUCCGCGACUUGGUUGUACACAACGGGUGCCAUCGUUGUCUCAUUGCUCGCCCUCGAACAGGCCGUCUACAGGUACAAGAAAAGGCACCUUCCUGGAGCAUCAUGGACCAUCCCAAUCAUUGGCAAAUUUGCCGACUCUAUGUCUCCAUCCAUGGAGAACUACAAAAAGCAAUGGGCGUCUGGCGAUCUCAGUGCCAUAAGCGUGUUUAACAUCUUCAUAGUCAUGGCCUCUAACAAUGAAUACGCACGCAAAAUUCUCAACUCGCCAUCCUACGCGAAACCAUGUCUUGUUCACGUCGCACCCCAGGUGCUCUGUGAAGACAACUGGGUCUUUCUGAACGGCAAACCCCACGUUGAAUACCGCAAGGGGUUGAAUCAACUGUUCACUCGCAGGGCUCUCAGCAUUUACCUCCCUAUCAUGGAGGGCAGCGCCAGGAAGCACAUCAGUAAAUGGAUUGAACAGGGCAAGGAUGGCAAAGCGCACGCGAUCAUGAUGACAGCUCGUUUCCUCAACAUGGAUACAUCCCUCAGAGUAUUCUGCGGGAAUCACCUUCCCGAGCACGCGGCCGCCGAAAUCAACGAGAAGUAUUGGCUCAUCACUCAAGCCUUUGAACUCGUCAAUUUCCCUCUGGCUAUUCCAGGAACCAAGGUCUGGAAAGCUAUCCAAGCUCGCAAAGCCGCUAUGCAAUGGCUCGAACUUGCCGCGUCUCGCAGCAAGAUCGCUAUGGCUGAAGGAAAGGAGCCCGAAUGCAUGCUUGACGAGUGGGUGACAAUUUUGGCAGAUCCUAAUUACAAGGGCCGCAAGGAAUUCAGUGAUCGGGAGAUGGCAUUAGUCCUCCUUUCCUUCCUGUUCGCCUCACAAGACGCCAUGAGCAGUGGUCUCAUCUACGCGUUCCAACACUUGGCAGAUCACCCCGAGGUCAUGCAGAAAGUUCGCGAGGAGCAGGAACGCGUCCGAAAAGGCAACUACGAAAUUCCUCUGACUCUUGACCUCUUGGACCAAAUGACCUAUCUUCACGCUGUUGUCAAAGAGAGUAUGCGCGUCAAGCCUCCUGUGGUCAUGGUUCCUUAUCGCGCCACCAAGGCAUUCCCAAUUGCGGAAAACUAUACUGUCCCGGCGGGCAGCAUGGUUAUCCCCAGCUUCUUCAACUCUCUUCACGACUCCUCGGUUUAUCCCGAGCCUGAAGCAUUCCAACCCGAACGAUGGCUUGACCCUAAUAGCACGGCCAAUGCCCAUCCCAAGAAUUAUCUUGUGUUUGGGAGCGGACCACAUCGGUGCAUCGGUAUUGAUUACGCCAUGAUGAACAUGGCGUUGGUUUUGGCCACUGCCUCGGCAAUGAUGGUUUGGGAGCAUGAAAUCACCCCUCUCAGUAACGAAGUCGAAAUUAUUGCCACCCUGUUCCCCAAGGAUGGUUGCCGUCUCAAAUUCACACCUUGCCACCACGGCUAG